CGCCGUCACGUGACUCUCCUCGACCAAUGAAAACGACGCUUGCAUGUUUUGCUGGGCUUUUCUCGGAGAGGACGAGCGACGAACGGCUGGGAUGUUUUCAAACCCAGCGAUGAACGUCACACAGCCGUAGGCUACGGUUAAGGUCCAAUAUUUAGGUAAUAACUGUUUAUAUUGCGCAAUAUAUCACACAUAGAAGAACCCGAAUGAGUCAGUGGGAUACGUGUGACCCAGUUUGAAGGUGCAUGAUGAUCCUACUGCACUGUAGCUGUCACAGCUAGUCAGGUGCAGCACCAUGGCCAAACCUGGGAGCGACAGAGAUGGAGCCAUGGUGGAUAAGCAGGCGGGGAAGAAGAGCAAAGACAAGUUGUCCCCUUUCACCAAAACUCCGAAGCUGGACCGGAGUGAAUUGCUGGGGAAAGAAGGGAAAGCAAAGUCUUCCAUGAAGCGCAAGCUCUCCUUUACUAACAGUCCGCUCCGGACCGAGGAGCGAGACUCAGACACCGAUGACUCAGACCCAGGCCAGUCGAGUGAGACCUGGGGAGAGAGAUUAGUGCCUCCCUGCAGGAUAUACGCAGAAAAAGAUGGACCAGAGAAGAAGAAGGUGAAAAAGGAGUCUGGGGGCAAGAAGUCCCAGGCUCCCAACCUCUUGUUUGGGUAUCCUCUGUCAGAGCGCAAACAGAUGGCUCUCCUAAUGCAGAUGACUGCCAACAGUCCAGACUCUACUCCCAGUCACCCCUCACAAACGACCCCUGUGCAGAAGAAAGUCCCCAGCAGCGCGUCAUCUCGACAGAAGGACAAGGUCAACAAGAGGAACGAGAGAGGGGAGACUCCUCUUCACAUGGCAGCCAUCAGGGGAGACGCCAAGCAAGUUAAAGACCUCAUUAGCCUGGGAGCUGACGUCAACGUCAAAGACUUUGCAGGUUGGACUCCUCUUCAUGAAGCCUGUAAUCUUGGUUACUACGACGUGGCCAAAGUCUUAAUAGCAGCAGGUGCAGAAGUGAACACACAGGGUCUGGAUGACGACACGCCACUUCACGAUGCCUCUAGCAGCGGGCAUACAGAUAUUGUGAAACUGCUGCUGCGCCACGGUGGUAACGCCUUCCAGGCCAACAAACGCGGGGAGCGGCCCGUGGAUGUGGCAGACUCUCAGGAACUGGAGCAGCUAUUAAAGGGAGAGGUGCCACUGUCAGACCAAGAUGACAGCUCUUCAGAGUCUGAAGACCUGCUGUCUGUCAAUCCAUCCAGUAUAGAUGACAACUUGGAAGACUCUGAUACUGAAAAGGACUCUGACGGUAAACAGGCCACGAAAGCAUCAUCGUCCGUUCCAGGGCUGGAUGAGUAUGAGUUCAAGGACGAGGAGGAGGAGGAGGAUCUCGGUAAAGCCAUGAACGACAGACACAUUCUCCGGAGGGAACUACAGCAGCGUGAGAAGGAGGAAAAAGAUAAUCAUGUGGCAGGAAAGCAGGGUGCAAAAGGGGAUUCCGCCUCAAAGUCCAAAAAGCAGAAGACUUCUCGUGUCCACUGUAGCUCGGAUACCUCCAGCGACGAAAUGGAGAGCCUUUCAGAGAAAAGGAGUUCCCCCACCUGCUCUCAGAGCUCAGAGAGCCUCAAGGCAGACACAAGGUCUAAAAAGGAGAAUGCUGAGCAAAAAGACAAGGGUAAAGUCAAGAGGAAGAGCAAAAGCCAGAAUAAGAACAAGGAAAACCAAGAGGAUGGGAAAGAGAACAGCAAAACCUUGGUCCUCUCUCUCGCAACGGUGUCCGAGAGCACAGAAAAGGGAAGAGAGGAAGACUCGUUCAAGAUGUCUUUCAGUCCUAAAGAUGACUCAUCCGUCCACCUAUUCCAUUUGUCGUCCAUAAAAUCUCCAAAACUGAACCACAGCCUGACUGACAAACAAACACCACUCAAACAGGAAAAUACUAAGAUGUGCAUUUCUAUCAGUGACAGCUCAUGUCCGGUGGACACUGUCAAAUACAACCACUUCGCAGAGACAGACUACUGCACUGAAGGCUCCAGCACCAAGGGGUGUAAGCACAAGGAAAAGAGCAAGCAUCAACAGAAAGACUCCAGUGGAGACGGGGACGAAGGUCAUUUGAGUCCUUACAAAGACGGUAGCAUGGGAAACAGCAUUGACGGCUCUGAAGGUGCCUUACGGAAGACCGACUUAGACGGCAAAGUAGUAAAGAAGCAUAAACUUAAACAUAAGGAGAAAGACAAACACAGGAGGGAAUAUGAGGCAGAGCGCAGCCGCCACAGGCAGAAGGAGGCCAGGAAAGACGGCCACAGGAAUCUGGAGUUUGACAGAGAGUUCUGGAAAGAGAAUUUUUUCAAAAGUGAUGAGACUGAUGAACAUCUGCAAGUGAAAAAGGAGGGCGAAGACAAUAGUUCACUUCAAAAGACUGCUGAUUCAUCUCCUGUCAAAGAUGAGAGAAACGCAAAAGAGAAACACCCGAGCAGCAAGGAAAAGAGGCCGAGAGAAGAGCGCGACAAAGACAAGGCGGUGAAAAAAGAGCGGAAGGAGGCUGCUGGUAAAGAAGAGAAGGUAAAGGAUUCAAAGCUGAGUGAGCGUGACGAGAGGGUGGACUGCCACGGCUCAGGGCGGAUUCCUGACGAUUUGCUGCAGAGCAACAGCUUGAAAGAAGAGACAGAAGAGAAACCCAUAAGUGGGAUCACAGCUGAUCAAGAACAGCUGGAGCUCUCUGAAAAAGGCUCACGUGAUAAAACUGACAAGAGGCUCCCAGGAAAAGAGAAGGAUUCAGAGAAAAUGGAGAAAAGGCAUUCUGACAAGGAAAAAAAGGUUAGAGCGGAGCAUGCUGACAAAGCUGAAGUACAAAAUUCAGUGGAUCGCUGGAAGGAAAAAGAAAAAACGGGAACCGUUUCUUCCCACUCGCCUGGAGAUAAAAACUACAAAGAGAAUGAGAAACUGAAAUCUUUAUCCACAACCAAAAAGCCUGAGGACAGCAGGAAAAAUAAAGAUAAGUUUGACAAGCGGUCUGAUAGGGAGAGGCAGGACAGAGAACAUAGUGUUGGGGAUCACAGAGAAAAGGAACGCACCAACUCUGAUAAGAAAGGGAAACCUCUUGAGAAGAACACAGAUCAUGGUAAAUCUGAUCGUUCAAAAGAAAAGGAUUGUGACAGGAAAAAGAGAGACAAAAUAAAAGAUGGGACUCUUUCCUCAAGCUCCAACCUGAAAUUACUUUUAGAAGAGAAGAAGAGUUAUUUGUCUGAGAGUGGCAAGUCCUUAUCUACCAAAUCAAAGGAGGAAGUUGGGAGAACAACGGAGAAGGAUCGCGACCGAAGAGACCGGGACAGAGACUCAGACAAACACAAGGAUAAGGACAAGGAGCGGCACAAAGACAGAUCCCAGCAGGCCAAAAUCAGCAAGCCCAAAGCCAAUGAGCCGGAUGCAGACAAGGCCAAAUCAAAAGCCUCGCCAGCAACACGAGACACCAAGCCCAAAGAGAAAAGGCUUGUGAACGAUGACUUGAUGCAGACCAGCUUUGAGCGCAUGCUCAGCCUGAAGGACCAGGAGAUUGAGCAGUGGCAUCGUAAACACCUGGAGAAAAUCAAACAAAAAGAGCGUGAAAGGCUUAAACAGCGGCCUCUGGCAGAUCCAGGGAAGUCCAAGCCUAAAGACAGAACCAAGACUGAACCGUGCACGCUGAGUAAGGAGCUCAUGCGCUCAAAAAGCUCUGAAGCCUCGGAUGUCCACAGCAGAGAUAAAUCCCUGAAGGACAGUACCAGCCCCAGAACAAUGUCGCUCGAUGGAAAGAGUCUGCCUUCUAUCAGCGCAAAGGUCAUGUCAGCCGUGGAGAACUGUCUGACCAGAUCACCCAGACCAGAGGGUGAACGCGGUGGCUUCAUGUCCAGGUCGGUGUCCCUGGUUUCUGUCGCUAGCUCGGAGGAUUCGUGUCAGGCGACGACAUUAACACCCAGACACGUUGAAUAUGACUCUGACAUGAACCUAGAAGCCUCAGACUCUCAGCCUGCAUUUCUCCAGUCUUCCCUUGUCAUUCAAGCCACCAGAUCGCCGUCGGCUCACGAUAAAGAUUGCAACAGUCUUCCAGAUGCACCGCAAUGUAAUCGGACGCUGCUGCCCAGCAGACAUGAAUCUCCAUACCUCAGGGCUAUUCUGGACGAGGAUGUCAACUCAUCGACUGAAAGUAAAGCUGUUGAAAAUCAGCCAAAACCCAGCCAGCCUACCGAAGAGCCGGGAACAAAAGAGACGUCAGCAGAAACGGAAGAGAGCCUCAACGGUCAACAACAAUGUGUGAAUUCAGUUUCUGAUUCAGCCGUAGGGGGAGAAGGGAGCCCUCCUGUAGUUUUAACACCACAAAUGUUAAACAAAGAUCCUCAGAGUAAAAGCCUGACACUUCCAGAGUGCACUAGCUCUCAAACUCAGUCAACAGAGCGGACAACUCUUCCCUUCUCGGAUCCUCCUGUUGAGAAGGACAUCCAGUGUCCAACAGAGAACUCACAGGCAGAGUGUAGUAACAAGGAUUCAGAUCAACCACCGACGCCUACAGCUUGUCUAUCUGCAGAGCAGUCAGAGCGCACAAACACACUAACCCUCCAGCAGAGGGAACCGUUCACGGUUUCUGGUGUGGAGAGCGUUCUGCAAACCGAAUCCGGUAACACGAAUGUUUCUGACCUUAAAGAGGAACCUCUUGAGAGCGCCAAUGGAGCCGACGAAGAGAGUAUGGAAACGGAGAGCUUCAGAACCGAGGGUAGAGGAAGUCCUGUACCCUCAACCAGCUCGCACAUUUCCAGCUCCACAGCAGGGGAGACCUUGCCAGGCCUUGCUGAGGCCAAAUGCUCUCAAGAUGAUAUGGAUGUAAAUGACCAAGACUGCAAGUACUCAAGACUUCCCAGUGACACUGCAGCUCCAUAUCUCGAUGCUGAGAUGGAGAAAAUGGACAGUACACCUCCGGCAUUGUCCGACAGUGCGAGCCCUGAACACAAGGUUGAAGAGAUGACCGACGUCCCACAGAGCUCAGAGAUCAACAGUAGUUCUGCUGUUUCUGUUAUAACAGAGUGUCCGUCAGUUCAGGACAGCUUGGCUACAGAGGGCUCUUCUGAAUCUACAGCCGAUGCCAGCUCGGAGCCGAUGGAGGUGACGCCUGUCGAUGAGCAACCAGAGACAUCUUUAGCUGGAGAAGAGCAAAGUCAAAGCACCGUCCAAUUGGCAAUUCAGACAGACAGCAACAGCAGCAGCAGCAGCAGCAGCAGCAGUAGCAGUAGCAGCAGCAGCAACAGCAGCAGCAGUAGCAGCAGCACCUGCAGUGCCUCAGGGAGCUGCUCUCCACAAUCCGGAGACCGGGAUUCUGACUCAUCGGGUGCGAGGGUCAAGAUUCGCUCUACAGACGAGGAAGGGGACAUCCAUGUUCCCCAUCCACGCAAGAGGAAGAUGCCUAAAGCAUCAGGCUCCCAGAGUUAUCCUGUGACUCAGCAGGAGAAGGAGAGUGGCCAGCAGUCUCUGGCUGCUAUUGUGGACUCUGUAAAGCUGGAGGAGAUUCAGCCCUACCAGACCGAGAGGGCCAACCCGUACUACGAGUUCCUGCACAUCCGGAAGAAGAUCGAGGAGAAGCGCAAAGUCUUGUGCAGCGUCACCCCACAGCCACCGCAGUAUUAUGAUGAAUAUGUGACCUUCAACGGAUCCUACCUCUUAGAUGGAAACCCACUCAGCAAGCUCUGCAUACCAACAAUAACUCCACCGCCGUCAUUACCUGAGCAGCUGAAAGAGAUGUUCAAACAACAAGAGGUGAUCCGUAUGAAACUACGACUCCAACACAGCAUUGAAAGGGAAAAACUGAUCGUUUCAAAUGAACAAGAAGUCUUGCGCGUCCAUUACCGGGCAGCAAGAACGCUGGCCAAUCAGACUCUGCCUUUCAGUGCCUGUACAGUUUUAUUGGACGCUGAAGUGUACAACAUGCCUCAAGACGUCCAGAGUGACGAUGGCAAAACAUCAGUCCGAGACCGAUUCAACGCCAGGCAGUUUAUGUCCUGGUUACAAGAUGUCGAUGACAAGUUUGACAAACUCAAGACGUGUCUUCUGAUGAGGCAGCAGCACGAGGCGGCGGCCCUGAACGCCGUGCAGCGUCUGGAGUGGCAGCUCAAGCUGCAGGAGCUGGACCCCGCCACCUACAAGUCCACCAGCAUCUUCGAGAUUCCAGAGUUCUACAUCCCACUCGUGGAGGUUAACGACGACUUUGACCUCACCCCGAUAUGACCUGUAGGACAAACGUGCUUUGCCACAGUGUCCGCCGUAUCCCGGACACGAGGCAGCCCGCACAUUUGAAGAAAGGAAAAGAAAAAUGUGAAGCACUUAGAAUGUGGCGGUGGUAUAAAAAAAGAGCAUUCACAAAAGGGAUGAUUUGACUCCAGCGAACUCUGUCCAAACCGGCACGCCCUCCACGAGGAACGAAGGCCGACUGUUACUUGCGAAGAACACGGAUGGAGCCCAGGGAGCAGUGACCAAAAGCUGGGGCGGUGCAGGGCGGAGCAGAGAGCUGCAGCAAGAAGGAAAGUGUGGACGACAACCACCGGCUACUGCUCCUCAUCAGGCAGCCGCACAACUGAGAGUUCAAUUGUUUUCAAAGUGAGUGUUCAUACAUUGUGUACAGACCGUGCUCUUAAUUUUUUAACUUAUUUUAUACAUAAGAAAAUUGUGCAUUUGUAAAUAGCCAUGUAAUUAUUGUUUUAAACUUGUAAAAACAAAAAAUAAUAGAUAUUUUGAUUGUAAACUUGUUCCGUCUCAUGUUUUAAUGGACCAAAGUUGUUUUUUAUAUCAAGUGUCCUCUGUCCGUGAUGUUCUUGUUGUUGGCUUAAAAUCUUAAGCAUGUGUUUGCUUAUGUUGUGUUUUUUGUUUUUACCGUUUCUUCCUUCCUCAUCUGGAGUUCCACGCCACAGCUGGUGUUUUUGACUUUGGCAAUUAAAUGCUGUGCAUGCGUUGCGUUGUUUGUACUUUUUUCCCAAAAAGCUGUACUGUGGACUUAAUUGUGAGGUUUACUGACGUGUUCCAGCUUUUUUUAUUUGCGCCAUUGUGUUAUGUCCCUUUCUGCGGCCUCACUCCUUAUGUGUCGUCCACUGUGUCUCGAGCACAUUAAAGUCUGUUGUGGCUUCCGAGGGGAAAAAAACAUACUUUUACAGUUUCAAUGUAAGAUCACAACAAAACCUAUUUUUUCAACAUAAUGCCUUUUUGAACGAUAGUUCUAAAAAAUGUCUAUUUUAAUAUUUACUUGUUACAUGACAUGUACAUAUUUGUAAUAUAUAAUUGAAUAAAUUUUAUUUGUUGUGAAAUUA